CAUGCUGUUUAUCCUGGUGUACACGGCCUACUUCCAGUACUGGGGCUCGGGACCUCUCUGGCCCCUGACGUCCCCUGACUACCACAACUGUAAGGAGUACUGGUGGAGGAAUCUUCUGUAUAUCCAGAACUUCUUUCCCGUCGGUGAAGAGUGCAUUGGCUGGGGUUGGUACCUUGCAGUUGACAUGCAGUUUUUUGUACUUUCACCAUUAAUAAUAUACCCCCUGUACAGGAAACCUUUGAUAGGAUACAUAAUAAUACUGGCUCUUAUGGUGAUGCAGUUGGUUUACAGGGGAAUAAUGUCAGUACAGCUGGAUAUGGGCUUAAAUGUAGGACAUGAUUUAAAACUCACAACAUACCCUGUAGAAAG